AUGCCUUUAUCCGAAUCUUUAGAUAUUCUGGAAAAAGUUCAAAUUCAGUUACAAAUGGCACAGGGCAAUGAAGGGCAAAAAGUGUAUGAGAAAUUUGAAACGGUUUUAAACAAAAACAGCGGUUUAAAAAUACUAAAACAGAUAUCAAAAAUAAUUGGAGGAGAAAGUGACAACAUGGAUGAUCUACCUGAAGAUCUUACCACAAAUGAUUUAAUUUUUUACAAGUUUGCUCCAAUUACAUCAGUUGAUGUGGAGAGGUCUUUCUCGAUUUAUAAAAAUCUCUUGACCGACAAUCAAAGAUCAUUUAAACUCGAAAACAUAAGGAAAUACAUUUUACUUCAGUGCAACACAGUAGGAAAUCAAGAAGGUUAA